GCCACCAGUGGUAGAGCUGGCAAAGACGGAAAAGAGGGAAAGAUAGACAGCAGAGGUAGAGAGGAGAGUGAGGCCGAUACAGACGAAAAGGAGAGUGUUUCACCUCGGCUGACCGUCUCUUACGUGACGAAGCGUCCACUGGAGGUUUAACAGCGGUGGAAUAUCUGAAGAGGAUAUUUGACUAGCCCCCCGUUUUUUCCCCUUCUUACAUAGAGCGUAUUUCACAACCGAGGGGCAACAAGGCUGCUGCUUGAAGUGAACCCAGCCGCAGUGAUCUCAUCAUCCCUGGGCCUUGUGGAUUAACUCGCUGCCUUCAUCUAAAGGAAUGCUGUAUUGAUUACUACUCUCUAACAAAGCCCAUGGAUUACAGUGAGGGUGUUGGAAAGGCUUUGAUCACAGCUAUGUCAACACUGCAUCAGGAUAUUUCAAGUCAAGAAGAACCACAGUAGAAGACUGACAGGAGUUUGUGUUUCCAGCUUGUCUUCUAUCAUACUUUUUGAACUUUUAUACCUGAUUCAUUAAUUUUAUCCAGACACUCUUUUAUUCCCCCCAUAUAUAAACCCCAUAUUCUCUCAUUAUGUACGGUAGCUCACGUUCAGUCUCCAAGCUGGAUGUUGUUGGAUCCAAUGGUAACGGGUCAGUGUCUGGGAGUCCUGGCCGCUCCCCACGACUCCCUCGCUCCCCCCGCCUUGGACACCGGAGAAACAGUAGCAGCAGCUCCACUGGUGGACUUACUGGCUCCGGUAAAACCCUGUCCAUGGAGAAUAUUCAGUCUCUUAAUGCUGCCUACGCCACAGGUGGUCCUAUGUAUUUCACUGACACAGCUGAAGACCCAGUCGGCCUUGGGAGCUUGGGUAGUGGGCUGAAUCCCUCGCUGCCCAAAAGCACCAUGACGCUGGGCAGGGCUGGGGCCAGGGUUCCCUAUGGGGUUCGAGCUGCCAUCAUGGGAAGCACUCCUAAUAUAAACACUGGAGGCGGUGCAGUUAUGCCCAGUGAUGCAAUAGCAUUUGGAGGGGAGAUGCAAAGCCAACCUCCACAGGCUGCUACUGUGCCCCACUCCAUGAGACAGGUGAGGGAGGGUGCCAUGUCAGACCUACAGACACAGCUGAGAGAAGUGCUGAGAGAGAAUGAACUUCUUCGCAGAGAGCUGGAGGCUAAAGAAUCCAAGCUGAGCUCCUCUAUGAACUCUAUCAAGACGUUUUGGAGUCCAGAGCUGAAGAAGGAGAGAGCGGUGAGGAAGGACGAAGCCACAAAGAUGGCGGUCUGGAAGGAACAGUACAGAGUAGUACAGGAGGAAACACAGCAUCUUCAGUGCACAAUCCAGGCUUUACAAGAUGAGCUCCGAAUCCAACGUGAUCUCAACCAGCUCUUCCAGUCCGAUUACUCAGACUCCGGUCGUUUCGGAAACCAGGCCAUAUCUCCACAGGAAAUGACAGAGGAGAACUUCCUGCGUCUCCAUGGCGAAUAUGAGCGGCAGAUCAAAGAGCUCUUCCUCCUGAGGAAGACUGUGGAAGAAAUGGAGCUGAGGAUCGAUACACAGAAACACACUCUAACUGCCAGGGAUGAAUCCAUUAAGAAGUUACUGGAAAUGUUGCAGAGUAAAGGCCUGUCGUCACGGGCAACUGAGGAGGACCAUGAGCGAACAAGGCGACUGGCUGAUGCUGAGAUGACCAUCCACCAACUGGAGGGCUUGCUGGAGCAAAAAGACAAGGAGAUGCUACAACUCAGAGAGGAGCUACACAGGAGAUACGAAGCAGCUCCGGAAUCAACCAAGACUAAGGCCCUGCAGACAGUCAUCGAAAUGAAGGAUGCAAAGAUCAGCUCAAUGGAGCGCGGCUUGAGAGAGCUGGAGGAGGAGGUGAACAUGCUCAAGUCCAAUGGAGCUCUGAGCAGCGAGGAGAGAGAGGAGGAGAUCAAGCAGAUGGAAGUCUACAGAUCCCACUCCAAGUUCAUGAAGAACAAGGUUGAGCAGCUGAAGGAAGAGCUAAAUCACAGCCAAUCAGAGAAGGAGGAGCUAAGAGAACGAGCCAAUGAGCUUCAGCGGGAGGUGUCUGCAAUGGAACAGGUGAAGCAGGAUCUGAGUCGUAAGGACAGCGAGCUGUUGGCUUUCCGGACCAAACUGGAAACCCUGACCAAUCAGUUUUCUGACAGUAAACAACACGUGGACGUACUCAAGGAGUCGCUCACUGCCAAGGAACAGAGAGCUGCUAUACUACAGACUGAGGUGGAUGCGCUGCGUCUUCGCCUUGAAGAAAAGGAGUCUCUCCUCUCUAAAAAGAGCCAACAGAUAUCUGAGCUGACAGAAGAGAAGAGCACUCAGAAUGGAGAGAUCACCGACCUCAAAGACAUGCUGGACGUGAAGGAACGCAAAGUUAAUGUCCUGCAGAAGAAGAUAGAGAAUCUCCAGGAUCAGCUGAGGGAUAAAGAAAAGCAGCUGAGUGGGCUGAAAGACAGAGUCAAGUCUUUACAGACAGAUACCUCAAACACCGACACAGCACUGGGAACACUGGAGGAAGCUCUGGCUGAGAAGGAGCGCAUCAUCGAGCGGUUGAAGGAUCAGCGGGAGAGGGAGGAAAGAGAAAAGGGGGAGGAGAUGGAGUCCAGCAAGAAGGAGCUGAAGGAGCUGAGGGAGAAAGUCUCCCAGCUGCAGGCUGACCUCGCUGACCGUGAGACAUCUGUGUUGGAUCUGAAGGAGAAAGCUUCCUCUCUGGCGUCCUCAGCUCUGAAGAAGGACAACAGGCUGAAGAGUCUGGAGAUCAGCCUGGAGCAAAAGAGAGAGGAGUGUGUCAAACUUGAUAACCAGCUCAAGAAGGCUCAGAGUGCAGCGACAGAGUCACUGGCCAACACUGAACUCUCUGAACGCAUCUCCUGCCUAGAGCAGGAAGUGGCCCAACACAAAGAGGAUGCUGUGAGGGCCCAAUCCGAGGUAGAACGACUUCUCGACAUCCUGAGGGAGAUGGAGAAUGAAAAGAACGACAAGGAGAAAAAGAUCCACGAACUGGAGAGGCAGAUGAAGGAUCAGUCGAAGAAGGUGGCCAACCUGAAACACAAGGAGCAACUGGAGAAGAGCAAGAACGCCCAAAUGAUGGAGGAGGCUAAGAAGAGGGAAGAUAACCUGAAUGAAAGUUCCCAGCACAUAAAGGACUCCCUCCGUCAAAAGGAAGAGCGCAUUGAAGAGCUGGAGGAGGCACUGCGGGAAAGUGUUCAGAUCACAGCAGAGAGGGAGGUGGUGCUCGCUCAGGAGGAGCAGGCACGCGUAAAGUCUCAGAAACAGGUGGAGGACCUGCUGGUUGCCAUGGAGAAGGUGAAACAGGAAUUGGAGGUGAUGAAAGCGAAGCUGUCAUCAACUCAACUCUCACUGGCCGAGAAGGAGGGUCACCUGACUUCCCUGCGAGCCGAGAGGCGGAAACACCUGGAGGAGGUCCUGGAGAUGAAACAAGAGGCACUCCUGGCAGCUAUAAGUGAGAAAGAUGCCAACAUCGCCCUGCUGGAGCUCUCCUCGUCCAAGAAGAAGAAAACCCAAGACGAAGUGGCAGCUCUGAAGAGGGAGAAGGACAGUCUGGUUCAUCAGCUCAAACAGCAGACUCAAAACAGGAUGAAGCUGAUGGCGGACAACUACGAGGACGACCACCUGAAAGUUACUUCUCCAAACUCAGAGCAACCCAAUAAUCACAAGCCCUCCCCAGACCAGAUUCUCUCUCCUCUCCUGGAUCUCAAUCAGAAUCGCAGUAAACUGAAGCUGUACAUCAGUCACCUGACAUCUCUGUGUCAGGAGCGAGACCCAAUCAUAUUGCAGGACUUUGCCCCGCCCCCAGCCUAUCACCGCUCUGACUCCGCCUCCUGGCAUACGCAGCUGCACAGCAUGACGCAGGAACAGUUGGAGGCGGAGUUAGCGCUGUGUGAGAGGGAGGGGGCAGAGCUACAGGAGUACGCCAACCAGGUCCUGCAGCAGAUCGCUGACCGAUGCCCCGACAUUUUGGAACAGGUCGUCAACGCCCUGGAGGACAGCUGCUGACAUUCACACACACACACACACACACACACACACACACACACACACACACACACACAAGCAAAUACACCCUCAUUAAUAAGCUUACACAUAUGAUUCAUCAUAAGCACACAAAGUCAUUAAAAAGAA